AUGACCAAGACAAGAAAAGUUUGUAAGUAGACCGAAAGCAAAUCAAAUUGGACAUUUUGCAUUGGACAUAGCAUUGAAAAUCUUUUGAGAUGACGUUCCCGUACGGAUUGAAGAGUUUGGUGGAGAGUAUCUCAAGAGCUGUACUUCUUGCAGAACCUGCCAACAUCCCAGACUUUUUAAGUAAUUAUAUGACAGAGCUUAUCAGUUUUAGAAGCUGUCAUGCUGGAACGGAUCCAAAACUGGUUUCUUUUGACUUCGAAGAGUUCUGGGAGAAGGACUUCCUGAAAAUAAAAGAGAUUCCAGUUGCAAAAUCGCCUCAAGUGCCAUCUCCCAUUGAGAUAGAUGAGGCUCUCACACCGCUCUAUUCAGAGAUGGCCUCCUCUGUUCUAGAUGUCAAGGUCACCAUAACACCCUCUAGAGGUCCAACAGUGACACCCAGUGUGGUUCUCCCACCAAUUCAAGUGAAGAAAACCAGAGGUAGCCUGGUCUCUGGUAGGGAUGAACCAAAAAAAGGAGGCAUAAAGGCAAGAAUCCCACCUUUGUCAUUUAAGGCCCCGAUAACACCCUCUAGAGGUCCAACAGUGACACCCACUCUGGUUCUCCCACCAAUUCAAGUGAAGAAAACCAGAGGUAGCCUGGUCUCUGGUAGGGAUGAACCAAAAAAAGGAGGCAUAAAGGCAAGAAUCCCACCUUUGUCAUUUAAGGCCCCGAUAACACCCUCUAGAGGUCCAACAGUGACACCCACUCUGGUUCUCCCACCAAUUCAAGUGAAGAAAACCAGAGGUAGCCUGGUCUCUGGUAGGGAUGAACCAAAAAAAGGAGGCAUAAAGGCAAGAAUCCCACCUUUGUCAUUUAAGGCCCCGAUAACACCCUCUAGAAGUCCAACAGUGACACCCACUCUGGUUCUCCCACCAAUUCAAGUGAAGAAAACCAGAGGUAGCCUGGUCUCUGGUAGGGAUGAACCAAAAAAAGGAGGCAUAAAGGCAAGAAUACCAUCUUUGUCAUUUAAUGCCCCCAUAACACCCUCUAGAGGUUCAACAGUGACACCCACUCUGGUUCUCCCACCAAUUCAAGUGAAGAAAACCAGAGGUAGCCUGGUCUCUGGUAGGGAUGAACCAAAAAAAGGAAGCUUAAAGGCAAGAAUACCAUCUUUGUCAUUUAAUGCCCCCAUAACACCCUCUAGAGGUUCAACAGUGACACCCACUCUGGUUCUCCCACCAAUUCAAGUGAAGAAAACCAGAGGUAGCCUGGUCUCUGGUAUGGAUGAACCAAAAAAAGGAGGCAUAAAGGCAAGAAUACCAUCUUUGUCAUUUAAUGCCCCCAUAACACCCUCUAGAGGUUCAACAGUGACACCCACUCUGGUUCUCCCACCAAUUCAAGUGAAGAAAACCAGAGGUAGCCUGGUCUCUGGUAGGAAUGAACCAAAAAAAGCACCUGUAUUUCAUCUCCCACCUUGUAGGUUUCCCAAUGUGACGGUUCCUAUUCAACAGCAGGAUAAAGACCCUUUGGCAAAAUGGAACGAUAGACCCAUAUCACCUGACAAGCCCAAUAGACUGAGAUUUCCAGCUAUUGUAACAAAGGGCACAAACGAUUUGAAUCAGGCACACACAAGCUUCUCUAACCCCCCAUGCCCUCAAUUAGCGCAUGCUAUCCAUAUCAUAGCCUACAAACGAGUGCAGAUUAGGUCGCUAUAUUUAGACCACGGCACGUAG